AUGGGGAGACUGCCCGAGACGGAGGGCUACUGCUAUGUGGACGUGCCUGUGGACGCGAACAACAUGUACGGCUCUGACCGGUAUGGCUUUGACGUGCGCGGGUACGAUGCGUAUGGGUUUGAUGAGAACGGGCUGGACGAGCGCGGGUGCGGAACGGGCUCUGGCGCGCCGCUGUACAUGCGUGAUGUGUACCGCGUGCAGCGUGGAGUGUAUGAGCGCAUCCAGAACAGGACGUAUCAACCGCCCACCCGCACCUGCCGGCCACUGCAGCCGCUGCCAACAUGGUGGAGGAACAUCAACUGGAUGCGACGUGGCGAUGAAUAUCAGAACAUGAUUGACGCGUACGAGUCGACCGUCGAGGACGCGAACGAUACCAUGUCUGGGCAGACGUACCGGAGCGAGUACGCGCGGCGGCCGCAGUCGUAUGCGCUGCAGGACCUGUGCUUUGAUGCUGGGGAGUAUGUGCCCAGGCCAUCGGACGAUGUGCCUGGCGACAGCUACCAGUGCCCGCCUGGCGUGGUUGCGUAUGCGUGCCUGCGGGAUCCGUGCGAGGACGCGACGUGCCCUGGCGAUCCGACGGCCACGUGCCGGGCGAACACGUGCGGUGGGUGCCGGGCCGAGUUUUACGUUGGCAACGGCACACGUGCGCAGUGCCACCGCCCGUGUGCGAGCGCGUACACGUGCGACUACAACCCGUGUGCGCAGGCGACGUGCGAGGCGCACCCGGAUGCGGUGUGCGAGUUCAACCCGUGCUACGGGUGCAACGCGGUGUGGGUGAAUGCGACGACGGGCGAGAGCGUGGAGUGCGAGGUUGAGCCGGACCCGUGCGUGUCGUAUGGGGAGUCGUUUGUGUGCGGCGUUGAUGGGCAGACGUACGACAACGUGUGCUAUGCACGCUCGGCCGGGGUUGAGGUUGCUUAUGGCGGCGUGUGUGUGUCGUGCGAGGAGCGGUGCCCCGAGUACGGCGCGAUGGAGGCGUGUGGCGAGGACGGCACCACAUAUCCCUCUGUGUGCCACGCCCGCUGCGCCAACGUCAAGGUCGUGUACCCUGGCGAGUGUCAGCCGACACCGUCGACUUGCGAGGAAGUGAACUCGCUUCGGGCGUCGGAUGAGGUUCGCCAGAGCGUGUGCAACAGCCAGGCAGCGUGCCUUCCCACUGCGUACCGUGACACGGACAACCGCUGCUUCUGGAACACGGAGACGCGCAAGUGCAGCUGCCAGCCAUCGGACAUGGUGUGCGUAGCGAGCAAGCCCAAGUGCGUCGGCUGCUGCAACAACGACCUGCGCGACUGCCUGCGCCUCGGCGAGUCCACCGUGACCGCUUGCUGGAACACGUACCUGACCUGCGAGGGCGAGUGCGGUACCCAAUUUGGCGCCACAGACAACGCCGACAACAGCAUCACGGAUGAUGUGCGGUUCAGCAUUGGUCUUCCAGCGUCCCAGAGCGGCCAGCUUGAUGCUGAGCAGCUGGCCGAGGCCAUCAGCCUUGCGCUUGGCAUUCCAAACCUGCUGCCGUCGAAUGUGACGAUCCGCGGCACGGGCUCUGCUCGCCGGCGUCGUGCAAGCGACGGGGUGCAGUUGGAAGUUGGCGUGACGACCGGUGAUGGCAACACAACGGGAUCGGCCGUUGAAAAUGCGGUGACAGACGGCAGCAUGGCACAGCAGGUUGCCCAGCAGACUGGGUCUGCUGAUUUGGACGACCUGGUCCUCGUCGGGUCUGUUGCUGUUGGCGGCGGUGGUGGUGCGCAGGUGACAACAACCGCUGGAGGUGGGUCGGGUUCCACUGGGCCUGCACCCACAAACCCAGGCUCAACCGUCUCUGCAACAACAACAAACGGGCUUGGUGAUGACGCAGGCUCUGGCUCGAACUCCAUCUCAGGCGGUGCCAUUGGCGGCAUUGUUGCUGGUGUGCUGAUUGUGGUUGGUGCUGUGCUUGCAGUUGUGUUCCAGCGCGGUGGCCUCGUCCGUCCACAGAGUCGCGUUCACAGCGCAGAGCACCUUGCUGUGAACCAUCCACAGUAUCGUGCGCGUUCGCCAAUCCCGCAGCCCUCGGCCGUCCGCAUGGAUGUCCAGCCCAUUAUUGUGCCUGCCGAAGCCGAGUUUGCGAAGCCAGCCAUGUCAGAGAGCACGCAGGUGACAGACUGCUCUGUUGACAGCAACGAAGAGCUGGACCUUGAGAACGUUGCAGACGAGUGAACGCCGACGUUGUGUUGUGUGUGUGUGUAUGGUGUGGUGAUGUGCGUGCGUUUGUUUCUACGCCAACCCUUCCUUUUUGUUCUUUCUUUCUUUGUGCUUUUGUGUGUGAGAUGAUGAUUGGCACGAUGUCUGUUGUCUUGAUGUGUGGUGCACCUACGGUGCUGUUUGUUGUUUGUGCUGUGAUGAUUCUUUGAGCUGUCGUUGACAGACACCUUCACCCUGCUGUUGUUUGGUUUGGUGUUUCUUCUGAUUGGUUGGUUGGAUGUGUGGUCCAAUACUUCCGACGCUCCCUCUUCUUUUCUUUCGUGAUGCGUAACACAUACACGAAUGUGUGACGACACCAGCAUGAGCAUGUGCUCUCGUGAUUCUCUUUUCGUAUUUCAGUUGUCCCCUUAAACGAACGAACCAAC